AUGACGAAUAUGGACAUAUAUAAAAACAGCACAAUUACACCAAUUAUACUGCUAUUUACAGCUUAUGGAGUGUUCAGUAUUGAAUUCACUGUGAAACUGCAACGGUCACAAGAAUUGUGUUUUAAUGAGUUGACAGACAAAGACAUGUUUACACUCAUAUCUUUUGAGUCACUAAAUGAAAAUGCCUUCAUAAGCGCAACAAUUAAGGAAAAUGGAUCCGCAUCUUACAUUUUUCAAUCCAGAAAAAUGGAGCAGAAGAUUGAAUUGCUCUUUACCACACUAUACGAUAAUGGGAUUACCUUUUGUAUCCGUGCAGGUAAUAAUCCUGUUACCGCAAAGGUAACGUACAAAUCUGGACCGGAAGCCAGAGAUUACAGCAUGCUAGCUAAGAAUGUCCAUAUGUCUGCCACUGAAAGUAUAAUAAAUAGGGUUCAUGACGCACUAGUUUUCUUCCAUAGAUCACAGAUCAAUGCGUCUAGGUCUCAUGAUAAAUCAAUGAAAAUGGCUACUAAUUCAUACAAUUUACUGAAGAGAUUCUUCAUCUUCAAUUGCGUGAUGAUUAUUUUUAGUACAGCGGCCUCUGCAUUUUAUUACAAGAGAUUUUUUAUCGCCAAGAAGAUAAUAUAA